AUGAGGGACCUUCCUCUGUACGAAAAAGCUCUUCGAAACUAUAGUUUUUUGGUAGAGCGUCCAUCAUGGUAUGUAGAACAAAGAAGGAAUAAAUCCAAAAGUUGUUCUGGAAAACGAAAUUCAAAGAAAAAUCCAGAUAGUGGUUUCCGUUCUAAUAAGUGGCAGCUUAUGCUAUGCAUGACCUUCAGUAUAAAAGACCUAACACACUGUAUAAAUAAGAAGGAACUAGGCCAACUUUCGGCAUCACAGAAGAUCAAUCGAAUCCCUGGAAUCCGAGGUUUCCUCUGGAACAAAGAAGCGUUUUGUUCUACUGUAAUGAAGGGUAAACAACUUUCAGCCUCCUUGCGGCAGCAAUCGGUACCGCUGUGUUUUUCUUUACCGGAACAACGUCAACAAUUCCAGGAAGUUGCGCAGGCUUUCGGCCCCUCAACUCAGUGGUUUUUAAAAUCGGUGUCUUCGGUUGACCGAAGUGGUCCGAAACAGUUGGACAUAUUCUCACCAGAGGGCCAAAAAGAACUUGAGAA